GGUCAACCAACCAAAAAACGUUUUUUGCAUCACACCUGGCCAAUGGACUCAUGGAUCAAAGCUGCAAGGGAACAAGCUGCCAAGCUUGGAGAGGACAUCCGGAAGCAGGCCAUUCUGCUCGCAGAUGAUGCGGGCGCGAGAGAUCUGAACUUUCGAGAGGGGCCGUUGGGCUUUGAGCUCAAUGGGGUCUAUGUGGCAGCGGUUGACCCCGAUGGCCAAGCUCAUCAGCUGGGGGUGCAACCAGGAGACAAGCUUGUAUCCAUUGCAGGCUAUGUAAUCCCGGAGAAUCCGAAGGAGGAAUCUGUGAAGAAGUGGCUUGAUGAGAUGGUUCGCCCAGCCAACUUGAUGUUUUUCUCUGAAGCACCAAGAGCUGAUUCAUCAAUGUCAACUGCAGUGAUCUUUCCAAAGGAGUCUGACACUGCGGAAUCUGGACUGGCACCCUUUGAUGAAGAUGGUUGGCAAGACGAUUUUGCUUUGCCAUCUGACAUCAUUGAGGACAAGGACACCACGUCCUUGCCAUCACAAGACCUGCCAGAGUCAUUGAUGGGAGAAGCAAGACUUCGUGCAGAGCUUUUUGCUGCAAGGGAAGAGGCGCGCUCGCUGGAAAGAGAGCUUGAGGAUUGCAAGGCUGAAUGUCAAAAACUUCGGGCUGAGAAGGCACGAGGCAGCUUGACUCAAGCGCCGGAGCAACGCCUCGAGCGACUCAACGAACAGUUGAAUGCUGCGUGCAAAGAAGGGGAGGAGGCCCGCAAACGAUGCCGGCAGCUACAGGCCCAGCUGGACAGCAUGUCAGUUCAGUGCGAAGAGCUCCGAAAGGAGUCCGCACAGAAUGAGGAGCGGGCGAUGCAGGCGAUGCAAGUCAGAGAACAAGUCCUGGAAGAUGAGGUGGAAAGACUCAGGAGCACCGUCCACCAGCUAAAGACAGAGCAGCAAAACAGUGUGCGGAACGUCGAAGUGGAGCUGCGUGACGGUCAGGACAAAAUAGAGGAGCUGGAGAAGCAGCUUGCGCAAUCGGCACGAGAAAGGAGUGAGAUGGAAGGCUUGAUCCAGGAUGCAGUGGCACGAGGGAUGAUCGCAGAAAAUCAGGCAGAAGCUGCAAGACAAGAGAUUAGCAAACUGGAGGCUUGUCAUACAGCAGAGGUGUCCAGCUUGGAAGCCCGCUAUGACCGCCAAGUCGGCGAGCUGCAACGCCGCAUUGAUGAGUUGGAGACCGAAAAGGCCAAUCGAGAACCUCUUCCAAGCCCACAGAAGCCAGCGGAGAAUCCGACAGAGGAAGACAAGGACGACGAGCUUCACACGGAGGGAGUGUCCAUCGGAUUGGCCGGAAGCUUCGACACGGUGGAGGACGUCGGGGAACUCAAGGCUCGCAUCCACUUCCUGGAGACUCAGUGCAGCACGCUGCAGAAGAAGCUCCACGCGCGUCCCUUGGUCUACAAGUCUCCUCGCCGUCCCACGGUGAAGCGUGCCACUGGCGUGCUGGGUGUGCUGCGGGAAAUCCUGGAAGAGCUGCUGCGAAACUUUACCGAACGUUUGCUGAAGCACGAUGCCUUCCUUUGGGUCGCGCGCUCGGAACACGAGGCCCUCGGACAGAGGCCAAUUGAGCUGUAGAUGACUGCGAAACCGCGAAACCUGGAGUCAGGAAGAGAUCAUGACUGCGAAACCUGAAGUGUCAUAGUAUGUCAUAGUCAUACACAACUGAACUACUCUGACUAUUGAACCAAACUGCUACCCUCACGAUCGUUUCGUGGAGUUGCAGGUCUUCUAUGGCCACCUGUGUGUCUUGUAUGUGAUCGCUGCCAGUUGCUAUGCUCAAACGGGCGUCAGCUCCACGACGGUGGACGUGAACCUGCAUGCGCAAGCCCUUCGAGGAGGCUGAGAGCUCGGUCACGGAGAGGCUGAGAGGCCAUUGAAAUCGCCUGAACCUUUCCGCGGUCGCACAGAUGUGCCGAGCACCACUUAGAGUCCGAGCACAAAGUGGCUUCGGCACGAGUGAGCAACGCUGAAAAUGGGACUGCCAGGCCUCCAGCAGCUAAACUAAACA